AUGACGCGUGGCUUCCGCCUGCUGCUUGCGCUGGCGUGCUUCGUGGCGCUGGCCGCGGCCGGCAAAGACUACUACGAGGUGCUGGGCGUGUCGCGCGACGCGUCGUCGGCCGAGAUCAAGCGCGCCUUCCGCAAACUCUCGCUCAAACACCACCCGGACAAAAACCCGGGGGACGAGAACGCAGCCAAGAAGUUCGCGGAGGUGGCCAGCGCCUAUGACGUGCUCUCGGACGACGAAAAGAAGGCCAAGUACGACCGCUACGGGGAGGAGGGGCUGAGCAACUCCGGCGGAGGCGGCGGCCACGACCCGUUUGACAUUUUCUCGCAGUUUUUCGGUGGCGGCCGCCAACGCCGAGAGCGGGAGCCUUCACGCGGCCCGGACGUGGUCAUGCCGCUGCGUGUCUCCCUGGCGGAUCUGUACAAUGGCAAGAGUCUUCAGUUUUCUAUCCGCCGUGAGACUAUUUGUCAUCAUUGCCAUGGCAAAGGAGCGGCCCAUGAAGACGACGUCCACGUGUGCUCGGCCUGUGGCGGUCAAGGUGUGAAGAUGAAGACUCGCCGCGUGGGCCCCGGCUUCAUUCAGCAGUUCCAAACCACGUGCGACAAGUGCCACGGCAAGGGUAAAAUCUACACGAGCACGUGUCCCGUGUGUGGCGGCCGCAAGGUGGAGAUGGCCGAUCUCAACUUCGACGUCGACUUGGAGAAGGGUACGCCCGACGGCUUUGAAGUGGAGCUGGAAAACUACGCGGAUGAGAUCCCUGGCCAACCGGCAGGCCACGUCCGGUUGCAGGUACUGACGGCGCCACACCCUGUGUUCACGCGCGAAGGCGACCACCUGUGGAUGGAUAUGGACAUUUCUCUGCGUGAAUCGCUUGUGGGCUUUACCAAGUCUUUCACACACUUAGAUGGCCGGCGAGUGGAGGUAGUGCGCGACGAGGUGACACCUCCGCGGUUUGUGACCGUGCUGAAGGACGAAGGCAUGCCGAAGCAGCACUUCCCAUCCGAGAGGGGCCAACUGCACAUUAAGUUCCACGUGCAGUUUCCCGAGACGCUUUCGGACGAACAGAAGGUCGGCUUCCGCGAGUUGUUUUCGAUGAAGUAA